AUGAAAAAAAUAGCAAAACAAAUUCUAAUAAUCUCUUUUGCAUUACUUUAGAUAAAGACUUUCGUAGAAUGUGCAUUAUCUUAUGAGUAGUAAAUAAAUCUUAUGAAUAAAUAAGUAUAUUCAUCACUUCAAGUUGUUCAAGUUGAUCUAAACACUAUCUGUCAAACGAAAUAACUAAAGUUUAUAAUAACUCUACAAUAGCCAUACUAGAAUUACUUCUUUGCACUCAGCGAUAACUGCGGUUUAGUACUUUCAUAACUUUAGAUAUCAACAGGAGACUAUAAGCUCAUUUAAAGCUAUCCUUCUAUAAAGAAUGUCUCAGCAAUAGCUUACAAUUAUGCUCAGAAUACACUAUGGGUAGCUGAUUACUCCUUUGCGAUAACUAUUUAUGAUGCUUCUAAUCCCUAAAAGCUUUAAGCUUUGAAUCAGAUAAAUUCAUUUACUUUAUCUACUUAGACCAUCUAAUUUAGUUAUGAUAACAAGCAGGUCUUCUUUCUUUAGGCAUAAGGGAAUAUUCAAAUUUAUUUGAUGUAGAACUUAGUUUUCAUUUAAAAGUUUAUCAACACUAAUAAUCCAGCUUCAAUUCUCGUUUUGCCUCAGUAAAACCUUUUAAUUUUAGGAGGAUAUAAUUUAUAUUUCUACUAAAUCUAGAAUAGCAGUUAUGAUCCCACAUAACCUUAUUAGCUUGGUAAUUCCUAAUAAAUUAUUACAGGAGACAAUACACCUAAAAUGUACUUUGUUGAUAAUAAAUAUCUAUUUACUUGGUCCACAUUUACAGGAUUAAACCAUUACGACAUUUCUGGUUGCAUUAAAACAUAAAAAUGUGAUAAUACAUCAGUUAUCAUGAUAGCAACCCAAAAGUAGCUCAUCUUGGGAUUUUAAAAUAUCUAUUUGACUAAGGACACAAAUUACUUCAUCGUUUUCUACAAUUUUUAUGGAAUCUACAUUUAUGAUGUCAGUUAAAGAUCAGGAUUUGCCUAAUACUAUAGCAUUUAGCUUACAGGAUUAAAUACUGCUAUGGGAAUAAGUUAAGACGAAUCAUUUAUUGUCUUAACCUUAGAUAAUUCAUUGAAUGUCUAUAGGUAAAUCCCUUCAAACCUAAAUAUUCAAGCUCCAAAUAUUCUCAAUACACAUUAAAAUACCUUGUUUAACCAACAUGUUUAAUCUGUAAGAACAUUUUGGCACUGCACCAUAGAUGAUAAUCUUAACAUGGUUAUUUCUAAUGGAGCCAAUGGAGCUUGGUUAAUGAAUAUUAAUCCUAUCAAUUACAGUAUUAAUAUAGUCUAGCACUUAACUUACCCAUUUUCAAAUAAUAUCUUAGAUGAACCUCGCUUUUUGUCAGGACUUAAAUAUCUUGCUCUUUCUCCAGGCUACUUGAUAUAUUUCUAUUCGAGAUCUGCAGAUCUUUCACAAGUGACACAGCUUUCUAUUUACACACCACCAAUGAAUAAUGCUCAUAUAGGAUGCAUAAGAUAAUCAAAAGAUGGAAAUACUUUGUUUGUUGCUGGAGGUUAAGUAGGCUUGAUAGUAAUAGACAUUUCUGACAUAAAUAACCCUAAACAUAUCACUGCUGUUUAUUAUACUUUCCCUUUAGCUCCAAACUGCUAAAGCAAAGGAAUUUCGAUAUCAAAUGAUGAAAAAUAUCUUUAUAUGACAUAUAGAUAUUUAGGUGUUGUAAUCUAUGACAUUUCAGAUUUCCACAAUCCUAAAUAAGUAAAUGUUGUUUAUACUUUGGGUGGAGAAGAUGUAUUUCUUACUGAUGACAAUUUGAAUAUGGUAGUUGUUGAAACUAUUUAUGGGCUUUCUUUCUGGUCACUUGAACCAGAUAGAACAAAACCAAUAAAACAAGCAUCUCUAAGGACUUAGGGAUAAGCAGUACACAUGAGAUUUCUUUAAAGCUGUAGCUUUAUUUUAACAACUUCUUUAUACAAGGGAUAGUUGUUUUUGAUUGACUACAGAGACAGAACUAACCCAUAGCUUAUUCAAUCAUACUAAUAUUAAGGAGUGGAGGUUACCUCAGGUGAUGUGUGUGUCUCACCAGACGAAUCCUUUUCGAUGAUGAUAUUCCCUUAUGGAGUUGUUUAUAUACCUCUAAGAAAUCCCGUCGUAUUUCAUACUGAUAUAAUUUGGUUACAAGAUAUACCAAACUCUUCGAUGAAGAAAUAAAUCUUAAUGAAUCCAGUUGAUUCGAUCUCAAAAGCUUAAAAUUUAUAAGUUGGUAUGAAUGUCAUACUUAAACUAAGUCAGCUUUAUUCAGUAAAUACUGUAACCCUGGUAAACGCUUUUUACUAUGAAAACCAAGUUAUGAAGCCACUUCCUACUUGGAUUUCUAUCUCCUAGAAUUCUUUGAGCGCAGAGGUUUCAGUUGAUAAAUCUGCCAUAGAUUCAUCAUUAAUUCAAUCUUAAGUAAGCAAAUAAGGUAAAGGUGAUGGCAUAUCCUCUUAAGUUGUUAUACAAAAUAAACUCGUUUUUUUCUAACUUUCAGAAAGAAUUUCAGCUUCUGAUUUUGUGCAGUCGUAAAUAGGAAUUUCAAGUUCACUCUCUACUUAAAUAUUUAAUGAUUGCAUCGCAUAUCAAAUAAUAUUAGACUCUGGUUUUAUAAACCCAAACUACUCAGAUAAUUAAAUCCAGUCUUCUUUAACUUCUUAGGUUUAUACACCACAAAUCUUAGAGUAAAUAAAGUUUAUUCUUCGCCAAAAAAUAACUAAUUACCCUGUUCAAUUCAAUAUUCAAAAUUCUCUCUUUAUAGAUAUUUACUCUCAAGUAAAAGUUAUCACUUCAUACUCUUCAUCAGUUGUUGUUUACUUUUUUGUCAACUCCACUGUAGCAUAGUUUGUGAAUAAAAACUACCCCGCAGUCUUAACUUCAUUUUCUUCUAACUUCGACUAAAUUUAAAUAUAAGGAGGCAUUGAUUCUGUUAACUCUGUCCUUCUAAAUGGUGUCAAAAUUUCAAAUUUAACAGAUCCUUCUUAAAUCUAAAUAAAAAUAUAAGUCAGUGAUGGAGUUAAUUAAGAUUUAUACAAACAAUUUGUAUGUGGAGAUACUCAAAUAAUUACUCUAAAUAGUUAGACAUAUAAAAAUCCGAAUCUUAGCUUAUAAGAUGAUUUUAAUCGUAAAUUUUCUUAAGCUAGUGUUUAGAUUCUAACUAAAUUUGAUUAUCAAAUCAGCUCUGAAGUCUUUCUUAAUAAAGAUUCCUCUAAUUUAGUUUUAUCUACACUUGUUAUGAACCACAAUGGUACUUAUGCUCCUUUGAAUAACCAAUUUUGGCUCUCUUAUGAUUAAAAUUAAAAAGCUUUCUCAGGGACUCCCUCAUCAAGCGAAUAUAAUACAAUUGUUAAUCUCAAGGUUGUUGCUACAGAUGGAUAUACAACAGCAGAAGAUUUGUUAGAAAUUCAUAUCAAUGCUAUACCUCUAUCUUAUGUGUUGACUAUUUUAUUUUAAAUUUUAGGUCCUACUCUCGGUCUUUUAGGUCUAUGGAGAUACAGUUCUACUCUUUACAAUAUAAUCAAUAAAAAGAAGCAUGAAACUUCUUUGGUUACUGUUAAUGCAGGAGAGUAGAUCAUUUUACAGAUUCCUCUAAUUAAAGAUGAAAUGUAAAUUGCUAAAGAAAUAUGGGGUAAAUUCUACAAGUAAUUAUCUAAAGAAAGUUUUAUAUUAGCACUGACCAAAUCAAAAGAAAACUAUUCAAGAAAUAGAUUGCAUUAAAAUAUACAAGAGAAAAUUGCUUAAAAUUAACAAGCUUUUUUUAAAUCCAUUCAAUCUGACUAGUUCAUAAAAAGCAGCUAAAGCUAAGAAUAGCAAAAUAUUAUGAGACUUAAUGCGUUGAGUCCAAUUAAGAUUUGCACAGAAGAAAUUGAAAGCUAACUAUAAAACAACUCUCCAACUCAUAUGCUUGAUCUAACUCCUUAAGGCAUCAAAAAUAAACUUAAAUUAACACAAAACGAUGAUAAAUAUUUAGAAAAUUCAUCUUAAGCAUCUUAAUAUAAACCAGUAGUUAGCGCAUCUAAAGCCAACAAAAUUUAAAGGCAAGUCACCCAACUCGAGAAAAAACAAAUGAAAAUGUCAAUGAUGAUAUCAUAAAAAUAUAAGUAGGAUGAACCAAAAUAAGCUGGUGAUGAAUUAAAUAACAGUUAUUUUACUUAAUUUGGAUACCUGAAUAAAUAAUACAUACUUGAUUAAGUAAGAAUAUUUUUAUCAACUCAAAAAAAAAUUAAAAAUUAAGAAUUUGUCAAUAAUUAACUUAAAGAAGCUAAUAGUAAAUUAUCUUGCUGUAUCUUCGGUCUUGCAUCAGUUUAAUUUGCUGAAUUUGAUGAAUCAACUAAAAGAAUUAUUGAAUUUCUUAAAAGUGUUGCUGACAAAAGUUUUUCUCCUCAAGACUGGUAUAAGCAAUAUGUUUUUGUAUAACCUUGUAUUGAAUUAAUAUAGACAUAACCCUUUCCUACCAUUUCAAUAAAUUAAUAAGCACUAAAUGAAGCUCUGAAAAUAUUUAACAAGGAAGAAGCAAAUUAAGCUUAAAAAACUAACUCUAGCUCUUCCUUUUAAAUUUUUAGACCACUUAUUGAGGAUUAUUUGAUUGCAUGCUCUUAUGGUUUUACCUUUGAUACCUUUUACUUUAUUCCUCACCCUAUUGGAGAAUGUCUUCAAAUGCAAGCUCACUCUCUAAAAUGCAUAGAAGGAUAUGUUCCAAUAACUAAUACUUCUUGUAUGAGUUUAAGAAAAUGCUUAGGGCUUGACUAUGUUUAAAAAGAAUUUAUUGAUAACUAAAAACUGAAUUCUUGGGUUUAGAUGAUUGAUAUUUCUAAUAAUGUUAUACUGCUUAAAGGGCUCCCUUAAAACAAAGAUGUUGGUAGAUAUUUAUUCAAAAUAAAUGAUUUCUAUGGCUACACAAUAAAAAGAAUAAAUAUUGAAGUUAUUUACAAUAAAUAAUUAGCUUCCUAAUAUAAAAAGAAUGAAUUAACAUAAAAAUCUACUGUUAUUCAAGAAGCAGAUUUCAAUAUUGCAGAAGGUUCUAUUUAAGAUGAAGUAUAAAUGAUGGUAUCACAGUAUUGUAAUUCAACUAAAAAUAAUUCAUAGAAUUUGUAAGCUAUUUACUAAAUGAGUGAAAAAGAUGAGUUAAUUGAAUGA